CCCCGCGACGUGCCAGCUCUGUCACUCAACCAAGGGGACAAGCGUAGAGACAUGUGAACAUUUCUGUUAUUUUGGACCCAAGUAAAUAACACGCAGUAAAAAAAAAAAACAUGACUUUGGCUUUUUCGCGCUGUCUCUGCAGGGUUUUAUCCCGUCAGACGGCUCCGUCAAGCUUCCUGUUGGGAGAACAUCACCAUGCCGUACAGAGUCCUUGGUUUGCACCAGUAAUGACACUGAAGACGUCUGCUCCUCUAAGAGCGGAGCCGAAAAAGAAGAAGAAGGUGGACCCAAGAAGGGAGCAGAUGCAGAAAGAUCGGCUAAGGAAAAAGCUGAAGAAGCUGGAGAAGGUUCCACCUGAGUUUAUCCCGAUAGAGGACUUCGUAACUCCGAGCCAAUGCUUGGAUGAAAUGAGGGAACGCUCUUCUCCAAGGCUGUCAUUUGAGGAAAGUGAGGGUCGAGCCCUGCUGCUGAAGGAGUGGUCUCGAUACAAACAGAAGCAGCACAUGGCAGAAGUGCAGGCUGUUGAACUGGCUUUGGAGGCACAGAGGGAGGCGCUGAAGGAGCUGAAGUUGGAGUCAGAGGAGCUGUACAAAGCGGCGCUGAAGCCAGACAUGCUUCUCUUUCCCUUCGUUCAUGAAGGUCCUGUUAAUACACCGCCGAUCCCCAACUAUGACGCUCCUGAUGGGAAAUACAAUGACAUCACUAAAGUGUACACACAGUGAUGGACAGGGAAGCCUUUGUGUAUCGUGUCAGUAUGUGUCCUUGUUAGUACAUCAUUCACAAAGCCAAGCCUUGUAAGAGCCUGCAAAUGUAGGUGAUAAGGAAACUUCUUCCCCUGCAUCAGUUUAACGAGGCUUGCUUGUAUUCACACUUCUGUAUAAAACACUGAAAACUGAAAAUAAAAAUGUACUUUUUUUUUUUUAUUGA